GUCGUUGACACUUCAGCCUGUUUCCAAAAUCUUCCCCACGAUCUUCUCCUUCUCUCUCAAAUCCAGAUCCAAAUUAAGGUCUUAGCCUCUCCAUCCUUCACAAAACCCAGGGUUUAACACUCCCAAAUAGUUCAAUCCAACGCCGCGGGCAACCUAAUCGAAUUCUCGCGAUUGUUUCCCCGAUGGAGCCGCAGCCGGUGAGGUUCACGUUGGGCAAGCAGUCGUCGCUGGCCCCGGAGCAAGGAGGCGGGGACGGGGACGGCGACGGGGAGGAGAGGGAGAUCGAUCCUCGUGUGAGGCUGAUGUACCAGGCGAACGAGGGCGACCUGGAGGGCAUGAAGGAGCUCCUGGACUCCGGCACCGACGUCAAUUACCGGGACAUCGACGGCCGGACCGCGCUGCACGUCGCCGCGUGCCAGGGUUCCGGCGGCGUGGUGGAGCUCUUGCUUCGGAACGGCGCCGAGGUUGACCCCGAGGAUCGGUGGGGAAGCACGCCUCUUGCAGAUGCAAUACAUUAUAAAAAGCAUGAUGCAAUCAAACUUUUGGAGAAACAUGGCGCGAAACCUCUGACGGCACCUAUGCAUGUCAAAAAUGCCCGUCAAGUCCCAGAGUACGAAAUUAAUCCGCAGGAACUCGACUUCACAAAUAGUGUCGAUAUAACCAAGGGAACCUUCUGCAUUGCUACAUGGCGAGGAAUACAAGUUGCUGUAAAAAGGCUUGGUGAGGAAGUGACUGCUGACGAGGAUAAAGUGAGGGCUUUCAGAGAUGAGCUUGCAUUGCUUCAGAAGAUUAGGCAUCCAAAUGUGGUUCAAUUUCUGGGUGCUGUAACUCAAAGUAGUCCAAUGAUGAUUGUGACAGAAUAUUUGCCCAAGGGUGAUCUUCGCUUAUAUUUAAAGAGAAAAGGAGCCCUAACAGCUCCCACAGCUGUCAGAUUGGCACUGGAUAUUGCAAGGGGUAUGAAUUACUUGCAUGAGAACAGACCUGAAGCAAUUAUCCACCGUGAUCUAGAGCCUUCAAAUAUAUUGCGGGAUGAUUCUGGGUGUCUGAAAGUUGCUGACUUUGGAGUGAGCAAGCUGCUAAAAGUAACCAGCAGAGUCAAAGAAGAUAGGCCGUUGACCUGCCAAGACAAUUCUUGUCGAUAUGUGGCUCCAGAAGUUUUUAAAAACCAAGAGUAUGAUACCAAAGUGGAUGUUUUCUCAUUUGCUGUAAUUUUACAAGAGAUGAUUGAAGGCUGCCUCCCUUUUUCCGCGAAGCAAGAAAAUGAUGUCCCUAAAGCGUACUCUGCAAAUGUUCGCCCUCCAUUUCGAGCUCCAGCUAAGCAUUAUGCCCAUGGACUUAAAGAGUUGAUUGAGGCGUGCUGGAAUGAGAGCCCAGCAAAGAGACCGACAUUCAGGCAAAUAAUUUCUAGGUUGGAGACCAUCUAUGGCAGUAUUGGUCACAAGAGGGGUUGGAAGGUUAGAACCUUUAAAUGCUUUCCUAGUUUCGAGGCCAUGUUGAAGAAAGAUCAUGGCAGUCGAAGUAGCCACAACCGUUCAUCUCGCUCAACCAGAAGCAUAUAAAUGUGUGGGAUUUAUGCUCCUUUUACCUUGUGAGUGUGCAGUAAAUUUAAGGUUUUAGUUCAUGGAAAAAAGGCCAUUUAUAGAUUCUAUUGUAAUUAGGGAGUCAGUUUUCUAAGGUGCUUUUCAACCAGUAGGCACGUUCUUAUUCAUCAACAAAAGUUCAUAUGCGUUCUAUUACCAGAGAUAUAGACUUUCUACAUACACUACCAAUGUAAUCGCGUUCAGCUCUGUAAAUUUUUUUUCAUUAGUCUAUGGCCCAUGUAUAAUCUAUUUCAGUUAUGCGAUAGCAUGUCUAUCUUAUUAA